UUUUGGUGUUUGGUUGCUCUUUCGGUUGGCGGAGAAGGCGGCGAUGGCGCACCCAACAACUCCGACUCCAACACUGACUGCCGCCGCCGCAGUGGCCGCCCCGCGCGACACCAGCCGCGGCCAGUUUGUGCUGCGGCCCACGUUCUCGCCACUCGACAAGAUCAUCAUCUACGAAACCAAGCAGAAGUUCAUCAUCGUGGGAUCCAACCAGUCCGAGACGCGGUUCCGUGUGCUCAAGGUCGAUCGCUCGGAUCCGUAUGACAUGGACAUUAUGGAGGAUCUCAGCGGCACCUACGACCGCUACAGCAUCCAGCAGCUGCUGGGCACCAUCAACGAGAGCAUGCGCCACCACGGCGGGCUGCAAAAGACCGUCUCUGCGUUCGGCGUGCUUGGGUUCAUCCGAUUUCUUGAAGGAUAUUACAUGAUUCUCAUCACAAAACGGCGGAGAGUGGCGCUGAUUGGAGCUCACUACGUGUACAAGAUUGAGGAAACAACCAUGCUGAGCAUUUGCCAUCCGUCUGUCCGACUGCAGCGCCAUCCGGAUGAGAUUCGCUACCUCAAGACGUUUCAAAACGUCGAUCUGUCCAGCAACUUUUACUACAGCUACACGUACGAUCUCACCCACACACUUCAGUUCAACAUGAUGACGUACACGCGAGAGCGCUAUGCAGAUUCGGGUGCCGAGACCGCUGGGCAAGAAGACGACGCGACUGCUGCCUCCUCCACGGACGCCCCUGCAGCCUCCUCAGCUAAAGCUUCUGCUUCCACCAGCCAGCCACGUAAAAGUACUCCAACGACCACUGAUGCCAAGAGUUCAGCAACAAGUCCGCCAUCGACACCACCCGGAGCCGAGCCCGCUUUUACGAGCUUUAAGGACCGGUUUCCGAUCGAGGCUCCCAGCUUUAUGCAUGACUUGUUUUCUGCAUCCAGUGACGACGCGACCUUCUCCUCUUCCUCCGAGAGCGAGUCUGACAACGACGACGACGAUUACCUGGACCACUCCUCUGCGGACGAGAGCGAGAACCCCAAGGCUCCGCGUGGAUCUUCCAGCCAAGAGAUGACUGCAUCUUCCGACCUCAACAAGGCUCAAGGUGACGCCGCUCCCACCAAGAGCGAGCCAGAUUCAAGUGCCGCGCCGAGCGAUCCGCAACCAGCGCCAUCGAAGCCCUCGAUUCCACCGCCGCCUCCAAUGCCCCCGUUCAACGACAUGUUUGUGUGGAAUCACCACCUGCUGCAGCAGCUUCAGCGCCAUGCCUCGCGCGACUGGAUUCUUCCGAUCAUUCACGGAUUUAUUGCGCAAUCCAGUAUCUACGUGUAUGGGCAUCAAGUCUAUGUCACACUGAUUGCGCGGCGAUCCCGCCAUUUUGCCGGAACGCGAUUCCUGAAACGCGGCGCCAAUGAGCAUGGCAUGGUGGCGAAUGACGUUGAGUCUGAACAAAUUACAUUCGACACGACAACUCUUGCUCAUGACAGUGGCAAGUUCACGUCGUUUGUGCAAAUGCGCGGCUCCAUUCCUUUGUUCUGGUCGCAGGACAAUUCCGGCAUGAUUCCCAAACCACCCAUUACGAUUGAUCGAGCCGAUCCGUUUUGCUCGGCCGCUGCGUUGCAUUUUGACAGCUUGUUCAAACGCUAUGGCACGCCCGUUGUGGUGCUCAACCUUGUCAAACGAAAGGAAAAGAAGCCUCGAGAGUCAAUUCUGCACAAGGAAUUCGGCGACUGUAUUCAGUAUCUGAAUCAAUUCCUGCCCAACAAGCACAAGAUUGUGUACAAGGCGUGGGACAUGGCUAAACAUGCAAAAAGCAAAAAGAGCCAACAAAACGUCAUCGAGCGUCUGGAAGUCAUUGCCAGCCACAUCAUCAACACCACUGGCUUCUUCCACGCUGGUCCGCAACUUCACUGCAACGCAAUGAAGCCUGACUUGUGUUGCGUCGCUGGAGGCCGCCCGUAUCACGAAAAGUUUAUUGGCAGACUCCAGCAGGGCGUGGUGCGCGUCAACUGCAUUGAUUGCCUCGAUCGCACCAAUGCUGUGGAGUUUAUGAUGGGCAAAAGCGCGCUGGCCCGUCAGCUCUACGCUCUGGGUGUCAUCAAAAAGCCAAAGCUCAAGUUCGAUUCGGACGUGGUGCGGCUGCUCACCGAGAUGUACGAGGAUCACGGUGACACGAUCGCCCUGCAGUAUGGUGGUUCACAACUGGUCAACACCAUGGAGACGUACCGCAAGAUUUCCCCUUGGACUUCGCAUUCACGCGACAUUUUGCACACCAUCCAUCGCUACUACAGCAAUUCGUUCACAGAUGUCGACAAGCAAGGUGCCAUCAACCUCUUUUUGGGCACUUUUGUGCCCCAUGCUGCUCGCCCAAGCUUGUGGGAAAUCCAAUCCGACUACUAUUUGCAUUACCACGACCCAGCUGGUGGCUACUGGAUGCCCAGUUGGCGAUAUCGCCAUUGGUGGUCCAAGAGCAGCCUGCCUAUUGGCUGGUCCGAGAAGCGCCUCCAACAGCGUCGCAAACGAAAGGAGGACAUCUUCUUCUUGGACCAGCAAGAUGACGAGUUGCUUGCCGCGCGCAUGGCAGCCAAAUCCAACAUUCAGCGAGCCGACCGUCUGCAGUGCAUGCUGGACUACUACAAUCCCUCUGUUUUGACGUCGUACGACGACUUGUAUGCGCAUCACAUCAACUCGACUCGACUCCUCCACAAGACACAUCCCGCCGAUCCCAGUCCUUUCAAGGUGCGCGCUGCGCAACCCAAGCAAAGCAUGGGUCUCAACCUCGGCGUUAAGAGGUGGAUUGGCUAUGAAAAGGAAGAAGAGCAAAUGCCGCGCGUUGUCGAGAACGUGAGUCAACGCGUCUUGAAGAAGAAGGUCAAGAAUGCUGCACCAGCUAUUGAUUCGAGCCCAGCCGCUCUGGAAAAACGAUUCGGCUUGACUUCGGUCGAGGGCAAGUAUGGUCGCAUGUUUGAGGAGCCGACUGUCGCGGACUGCGGAACGUAUGAGCGAUUUGUGCGGCUGCGCGAGGACCCGUCCGUUUUGACAACGCCGACCGUCAGAGAGGCGCGCAACGAUGGCGUCGAGCCGCGUGUUGGGCUUCACACGACAAGCGUGGCCGGACUGUCCAACCUUUUGAUUGACUAUCCAACUGCGUUCACCAUGAUUGCACCGUCAGAUGUUGCAUUGUACACGCAAACCGCCUCGAUCGCUCACGCUGGUCCGCUGGCGCCUUCGAAAGAAUCCCGAGCUCUCUACGACACGUACGAGCAGACCAUGGUUUUGUAAUCGCCUCGCUUGGUACUUUUUUUUUUUGAUGGCAUGCGGCGCAACAUUCAUUGUUCCAAAGAAAGGAAAAACAUGUAAUGAUGACAGACGGUGCAACGCGUACACCACCUCCACAACACCAAACGUGAAG